UAUAUAGAUUUGUUAGCGUACCGUUUCCCGUUCUCGUUUGCGUCAAAACCAUCGGAAACACCGAACCCCUAACAACACCAAGCGGCGGAGACAUGGCAGCUUCGACGGUGUCGCUGGAGGACGUCCCGACUGAGUCCAUCAUGACGGAGCUCCUCCGCCGGCUCAAGUGUUCCUCCAAGCCUGACAAGCGCCUCAUUCUCAUCGGUCCACCUGGAUCUGGGAAAGGUACACAGUCCCCCAUCAUUAAGGAUGACUACUGUUUAUGCCAUUUGGCCACUGGUGACAUGUUGAGAGCUGCUGUUGCUGCCAAAACUCCUCUUGGCAUCAAGGCCAAGGAAGCCAUGGACAAGGGUGAACUAGUCUCUGAUGACUUAGUUGUUGGUAUCAUUGAUGAAGCUAUGAAGAAACCCUCAUGUCAAAAGGGGUUCAUUCUUGAUGGGUUUCCCAGGACAGUGGUUCAAGCAGAGAAGCUAGAUGAAAUGCUUCAGAAGCAGGGUGCCAAGGUGGAUAAGGUGUUGAAUUUUGCAAUUGAUGAUGCUAUCUUGGAAGAGAGGAUUACUGGUCGCUGGAUCCACCCCUCAAGUGGAAGAACCUACCACACAAAGUUUGCACCCCCUAAAGUUUCUGGAGUUGAUGAUGUCACUGGAGAACCUCUCAUUCAACGUAAAGAUGAUACUGCUGCUGUUCUUAAGUCAAGGCUUGAGGCCUUUCACCGCCAAACUGAGCCGGUAAUAGAUUAUUACUCAAAGAAGGGCAUUGUUGCUAACCUACCUGCCGAGAAACCACCAAUGGAGGUCACAACACAAGUUCACAAAGUUUUGUCCUCCUAGAAAGACUAGAACCGGAAUUUGGAAUUUCAAUUGUAUUUGCUUGUUGAUUAUCUAUGAUACAUCCUUGAAAGGACAAAUUCUACUUUUUUUAUAAUUUUUUUUUUGUUGUUUUAUCCGCGGCUUGUCAUCUUCCGAGGAGUUAACAAAAUUGUACCAGGGUAGAUUUUUUUGCUAAUAAAUUUAUGAUCAUCUCUGACUUUUCGCGGUUGUUAUGCUCAUUUUGAAUUUGAAAUGAAGGAUGAGGCAUAGGUUUGCCAUAUUU